ACCGCUAAACAUGUCAAACUCAGGCGAGAUUAGCUAAUUAGAAGAAUAUACACCACAUAACGAGCACAUUUAUUUACAUUACAUUUAUUUGAUUUAGUUCAUAAGGUGUUAGUGGAUGUGUUAAUGUAAAGAAAACGCGCUCUGUUGAAAAACUCGCACAGAAACGCAGGCUUGUUCGCUAACCUUAGCUAGCUGGCUAAUUCACUCCAACCAGCGAAGUGAAUCUGUAUCUGAAUCUGGGAUUGAUUAGUUUGUUAUUGGUUUGUACUUGUAGCUCUAGUUGUCUGCUUUAUGAGUGCCAGGGAAAUGACUGUCUAACCAUCUGCGAGUUUCAGGAUUUUGUUUUUGUUGGAGAAAUUGAAGCAUCAUCAUCAUCAUGCUCUUGUCUCGGAUAAAACCUGCAGUUAGUGGCGAGGUGUCCUCCAGUUCUAGCGAGAAGAAAAGAAAAACUAAAAUGAAGAAGAUUCCAAGACUUGAGGAUUAUCUAAGCCAAAGAGACUACAUGGGAGCCCUGACUCUUUUAGAGUUCCAGCAUAAUGGAGGUGUGUCAGUGGAGCAUUCAGACCUUUGGAUCGGCUUCUGUGCCUUUCAUUUGGGGGACCACAAGAGAGCAAUGGAGGAGUACAAAGCCCUCACUCUGAUGCCAGAUUGUGCAGUUGAUGUGUGGGUAUAUCUGGGCUGUGCCCUCUUUUUCCUGGGGCUUUAUAAAGAAGCUGAAGAGGCAGCACUAAAAGGGCCGAAGACUCAGCUUCAAAAUCGCCUGCUAUUUCAUUUAGCACAUAAGUUUAAUGAUGAAAAGAAGCUGAUGGGUUUCCAUCAGAACCUGGAGGAUGUGACAGAAGAUCAGCUGAGUUUGGCCUCCAUUCACUACAUGCGCUCUCACUAUCAGGAGGCCAUUGACAUCUACAAACGGAUCUUAUUGCAAAACAGAGAGUUCCUUGCCCUGAAUGUGUAUGUGGCUCUGUGCUACUAUAAAUUGGAUUAUUAUGACGUAUCUCAGGAGGUUUUGGCUGUGUAUCUGCAGAGUAUACCUGACUCUACCAUCGCACUCAACCUUAAAGCCUGCAACCACUUCAGACUCUAUAACGGCAAAGCUGCUGAGACGGAGUUGAAGAACCUGAUUGAUAUCUCCUCCAGCUCUUUUCAAUUUGCUAAGGAGCUUAUCCAGCACAAUCUGGUGGUGUUUCGAGGGGGUGAGGGGGCUCUCCAAGUUUUACCUCCUCUGAUUGACGUCAUAUCAGAGGCCAGACUCAACUUGGUCAUCUACUAUCUCAGACAAGAUGACAUUGAGGAGGCCUACAAACUAAUCAAAGACCUUGAGCCCACCACACCCCAGGAAUAUAUUCUGAAGGGAGUGGUAAAUGCUGCUUUAGGACAAGAAAUUGGAUCGAGAGACCAUUUAAAAAUUGCCCAGCAGUUUUUCCAGUUGGUUGGAGGCUCAGCCAGUGAAUGUGACACAAUACCUGGAAGACAGUGUAUGGCUUCUUGUUUCUUCCUGCUGAAGCAGUUUAAAGAUGUGUUAAUAUAUCUCAACUCAGUCAAGAAUUACUUCUACAAUGACGACACUUUCAACUUCAACUAUGCCCAGGCCAAGGCUUCCAUGGGAAACUACCGGGAGGCUGAAGAGGUGUUCCUGCUCAUCCAGAGUGAGAAGAUCAAGAAUGACUAUGUUUACCUUAGCUGGUUGGCACGCUGCUACAUCAUGAAUCAGAAGGCUCGUCAGGCCUGGGAGCUUUAUCUGAGGAUAGAAACCUCGUCUGACUCAUUCAGCCUUCUGCAACUCAUCGCAAAUGACUGCUAUAAGAUGGGGCAGUUCUAUUAUGCUGCUAAAGCAUUUGAUGCUCUUGAGAGAUUGGAUCAAAACCCUGAGUACUGGGAGGGAAAGCGUGGAGCAUGUGUCGGGAUCUUCCAACUCAUACUGGCAAGCCGAGAGUCCAGAGAAACACUGAAAGAGGUUUUGCCAAUGUUGAGGAGCACUGGUAACCCACAAGUUGAAUACAUCAUCCGCAUUAUGAAGAAAUGGGCCAAAGACAACAGAGUGGCACUCUGAUCGCCAUUUACACAAUACCUACUGCAAUACUUGUGUGCUUGAGUGUGUAUAAAAUCAAUGUUUUUUAUGUCUGCUUGUUUUUAUCUAAAACAAAUAUGACAUGAUCAUAUAAAAAAAUAUUAGUUUGUCUAACAUUAGUGUCAUGUCAUAUUUUCACAAUGCUACAAUAAUUCUAUGGCCUCAAUUUAACUUAAAGCAGUUAACUCUAUGAAGUGUUGUGUUUGUUACCUUAUAAUUGUUUUUAUAUUGCCAUUGUCACAAAGAGAAAGCUUUAUAUUUACAAUGUAUCCACAUCAGUUAAUGUACAUUUUAUAUAUAUAUAUAUUUUUUUUGAUGAACAAUGCAACAAAUAAAACAUGUCUUAU